GGAGAAGCCCAUGGAGGGGAACCGGGACGAGGCCGAGAAGUGCAUCGGGAUCGCGCGGGAGGCGCUGGAGGCCGGCAACCGCGACCGCGCCCUCCGCUUCCUCGGCAAGGCCCAGAAGCUCUACCCGACCGAGACGGCCCGAGGUAUUCAGCUUGAAACAAGGGCCUGAUUUGUGGAACUGGUGGGCAGUUAAAGCUCCAUCUGAAGCUAAUGAGAAUUGCAGAUGCCCUAAUACCACUGAAAAAAAUCAGGCCCUAGGCCUGAUUUGAACUAGUUUUGUUGGAAGCUAUUAUGAAGAAUGGAAGUACUGCUGGGGGAGGCGCUUACUGCCGAAAACCAGCCAGUAGCAAUGAUCAAAGUAAGCCCAAUAGCACGAAGGAGAGCAAUGCAUCUGCUGCAGGUGAAAGUGGAAAAGGCUACACCAAAGACCAAAUGGAAGGAGUAUUCAGUAUAAAGAAAUGUAAAAAUUAUUACGAAGUCCUCGGGGUGUCAAAGGAUGCAGGUGAAGAAGACCUAAAGAAGGCUUAUAGAAAACUUGCUUUGAAGUUCCACCCAGACAAAAACCAUGCACCUGGAGCAACAGAGGCUUUUAAAAAAAUCGGAAAUGCAUAUGCUGUGCUGAGUAAUCCAGAAAAACGAAAGCAGUAUGACCUUACAGGCAGUGAAGAGCAAACAUGCAGUCACCCUAGCAACGGUAGAUUCAACUUCCAUAGAGGUUGUGAGGCAGAUAUGACUCCAGAGGAUCUAUUCAACAUGUUUUUUGGAGGGGCCUUUCCAACAGGUAGUGUACAUUCAUUUUCUAAUGGUCGUGCUGGCUACAGUCAUCCUAAUCAGCACCGUCAGAGUGGACAUGAGAGGGAGGAAGAGAGGGGUGAUGGAGGUUUCUCUAUGUUCAUUCAGCUGAUGCCUAUUAUUGUGUUGAUCCUUGUCUCCCUGUUGAGCCAGCUGAUGGUAUCUAACCCUCCUUACGCCUUAUACUCAAGAUCAAGUACAGGGCAAACCAUAAAAAUGCAGACAGAAAACUUGGGUGUCGUUUAUUAUGUCAACAAGGACUUUAGAAAUGAAUACAAAGGAGCGUCAUUACAGAAAGUGGAAAAGAGCGUGGAAGAGGAUUAUGUGUCCAACAUUCGUAAUAACUGUUGGAAGGAGAGGCAACAAAAAACAGACUUACUUUAUGCAGCAAAAGUAUAUCGAGAUGACCGUCUCCGAAAGAAAGCAGACUCCAUGUCCAUGGACAACUGCAAAGAACUAGAACGGCUGACCAGCCUCUAUCGAGGAGGAUGAACUAUAAUUAUACACGUACAUCUUUACGUAUGCGGUUAUCUCUCUUGUAAAUUAAGAAGAGAUUUAGUUUCACCAUGAAUGCUGGAAAAGAGGGGUGGAUGUAAAACUCUACUGUGUAGCUGUUUCCAGAAACCUUAUGCUGAAAUAUCAUUUAAUGGCUUCUUUACCUACUGUGAAAUAUAGGUAACUUUAAUUGUCUAGAUUUUACUUCAAAGCUUCUGUGAAUUCUUUCAGCAGAGAGAAUAGCUCAGAAAGGAUGCUAUACUUGUAGAGACUUAGUCAUAGUGGUUCUCCUCUAACAUAAUUGCCAUGUAAAUAUCUGUGGAAAGAACAAUUUGUGUAUAUACGAGUUAAAUGACUUUCUAUUUAAAAUCUCAGAAAUUUAGUUCCAUGCAACAUUUUGUCUCACUGAUGGAAUAAAUAGUAUGAUUACAUCACUCCUAUUCAGAUGUCAAGUGUGUGGAGUUGAAACAAGAAUUUUUAAUAUUUUAUCUCUAACUGUAUGUAAAAUCUUCUAGGUUUACCAGCUUAGAGGAACUUGGUAUUUUUAAAUAUAAUGGCAUAUAUUCCUAAAUAUCUGUUGGGGUAUAUUGAUCUGGUGUAGAGUAGCAGUUAGCUCUUGUAGUUUUUUAGCGUUUCUAAGCAAUGCUGAGAAAACUAAGAACUACACUAAUCUCUUUUCAAAGUAAAUAUUUGCAAAUGCUGUACAGACCAUUAUAAGCAUUGCUUUUAGUACUUGCAACAGUUUACAGCAGCUCUACCAUUUGGUAUUCCAGUAGUAGUAAGUCCAUACGUAUGGUUAACAUGCAUCCAUAGCUUCCUUAGUUUUCACUGGAAAGGUAGAGGAAAACAUGCAAUAGUAAAAUCUUAAAGGUAAAAAAAAAAAAGGGGGCAACCUAUUUUUUUUUCCUGGCAGGCUUCCACUUCCUUACUAUUUUUUUUAUUUCAAGUUAGGUCCUAACACUGAUUCCUCAAUUGGCACCACAAGUGGAACAGGGAAAUACUGCUAAGGACAAGCUAUGUGCCUUUCAACACUUUUGCCAAGUAUUUAAAUGCUUUGCUAGUUUGCAGUAUGCUCCUAUGGUCAGAGCCAUAUCACUUGUCCCAGGGCGGAAGAGGUAGGUUAUGCAUUUUUCUGGACCAGAAUGUUGCUGGUUUGACUUCCUAGAAAUGAGCAAACAUACCGUUCGGCUCCUACAUGCAAGAUCAUGUAGCUCAGUGGCCUGUAUGUGGAAACUAGAUGUAGCCACACCUGCUGAUGCAAAGAGGUGUUUUGAAGCAGCCAAGUACAAUGUACUUAAAGUUUAUCGAAAGUGGGUUGAAAAUGUUUUUAGGUUCAAUAGCUGAUGUUUUUACAUUUUAACAGUGCUAUGCAGGAGAAUGUUUCUUGUAUUUGAGAAUGCCAGGUCGCUCAUAGUAAGGGCAGUAUUUUUUGUUUGAGAAAACUGCUGUCUUUGAACAAUGCUAUCAGUUUAUGCAGAGCCAAAUUCUCCUAAAUUGAAAGUUUAAAUACUUGACUGACUUCAUUGGAAUUCCUUCUGAUCUAGAGCAGGAUUUGAUUUUAGAGACAGAGCAAUACCAUUUAGUGUAAGUGACCCAGAAAUCAUUUUUGCAUAUAUACCUUUUCUAAACUGUCCCGCUGGAAAUGUCCUCUACUGAAUUGGUGUAACAUGAGAGAGACUAGCUGCAGGCUUUUAACUAAGCAGCUAAACCAGCAUUCAAGGUGGACAUCAAAGCCUGAGGCACAAAGCAGAACUAAAAGCUGCUGAAACAAAAGAAGGGUUGCUGUACUGGAUGUCCUUGCUAAGAUUGUAGGAAAAGUGUGCAGAAGUAACAGAAAGGCACCCAAAUGUUCAAAGUUUGCAAUAGAAAUUUAUGGAGAAAACGUGAUUCCCCGAAUUUUGUAACUGUCCAGAAUGUAUUGUAAUUAUACUAAUGAAAACAAACUAUCAAAGUA